ACAGCAACUUAAAGCUACUGGGGCCAAUAAGUAUGCAAAGCAUACAAAUUAUGAAAAUUUGGAUAACUAUAUUUGGUUAAAUAAUAAUAUUGAUGAAAGAGCUUCUAAUUAUUUUGCUGUUUUAUUAAUAGCAGGCAAAACAAUAUAUGUUGGAGGUUCUAAAAGAACUCAAAGAUACAAAAAAGUAGAACUAAAGAAGGUUAUACAAAAUACUCAACCUAUCACUAUGUACUUAGCUCCUAUCUUAAUAUCUUCUAAUAUUGUCUUAGCUUUGACUUCUACCUUUGGAUUGUCAACAGAACUAUGUAUACUAACUAAAAUAAAAUUAAUAGAAAGUGAAUUAAUAGAGGUAAAAUCAAUUGAGAUGGAAUUGGUAAAAUCAAUAGAGAUGAAAUUGGUAGAAUCAAUGAAAAUAGAAUUGGUAAAAUUAAUAGAAGCAGAAUUGGUGGAAUCAAUAGAGACAGAAUUGGUAGAAUCAAUAGAGAUAGAAUUGGUAGGAUUAAUAGAAGCAGAAUUAGUAAAAUCAAUGAUAGCAGAAUUGAUAGAACUAACAGCAGAUAUAUUAGCUAAAAUUAAUGAGAAAACAAAAAUAAGGUUAGCAAUUGAGGAGCUAGAUGGGUUGUUAAAAACAAAUAACAAUCAAAUAGAUAAAGGUGUAAGGGUUCAUUUGCAAGUAUCAUUGCAAUAUUAUAAUUAA